AUGCAUUCGGAUGGAGAGAGUGCAAGCGCAGUGAGGGAUGUUGCGUUUGGCAGUUCCGCGGGGAUGAUCGCCAAGGUUUUCGAGCACCCUUUCGAUCUCAUCAAAGUACGCCUCCAAUCGCAGCCACUCGACAGGCCUGCACGGUUCCUCGGUCCUGUCGACUGCUUCAAGCAGACUCUAGCAGGCGAAGGUUUUCUUGGUCUCUAUCGCGGUCUCUCUAUGCCCGUUAUUGGCAGUAUGGUUGAGAAUGCCACUCUCUUCGUCGUCUACAACCAGGCACAGGAUUUCAUCCGCUCCUUCUCCGCUAUCCCCCGCGACUCCUCUCUUACUCUCACCCACCUCGGUGUGGCGGGUGGUAUAGCUGGUGGCGUCACCUCCUUCGUCCUCACCCCGAUCGAAUUCAUCAAGUGCAGAAUGCAAGUGCAAAUGCUCUCGCACAUGGCCUCUGCACAAUCCCCUCAUCCACCCGUCACGAAAGCCCCGGGCGCGGUAGGUAUGUUCCUCGACACACUCCGCACACGCGGCGUUAAAGGCCUCUGGUUGGGCCAGACAGGCACCUUCAUUAGAGAGGCUGGUGGCAGUGUCGCCUGGUUCGGUGCUUACGAAUGCCUAAGUCGGGCAUUCCUUAAGAAUACCUCAAACCCUACCGAUAAAUCUCAGCUUAAAACUUGGCAGCUCAUCGUCGCAGGCGCUGUCGCUGGUGUCUCUUACAAUGUCAUCUGCUUCCCUGCUGAUAGCGUCAAGUCCGCGCUGCAAACUUCGGACGAACUCGGAAGUACGAGUGGCGCUAAUGGUGCCGCCAAGAAACGCUUCUUCCAGACUGGAAUGGAUAUUUAUAGGAGUAGAGGAUUCGCAGGCCUUUAUGCAGGUAUGGGUGUUACCAUCGCCAGGAGUGCUCCCUCUUCCGCCAUGAUCUUUACCAUAUAUGAAUUCCUCAAUCAGACCUUUUGA